GCCGUCCUAUAUAAGAGCCACGGAUUGUACGCCAAAUCGCCAUUUACCUGAAGACUUUGAACCGACGGCGAUAUUGUUUCAGACAUGGUAAAACUUCCCCUGAUUCUCACCUUGAUUGGGUUGAUGCAGUUGGCUGUAACACAAGCCAACAUCUACCAAGAAUUUGCCUGUGCAAAUGACCUCGGCUAUCGUCCUGGCGACUGUUCAGGAAAUGACAUUGGCUUUCAAGAGUUGAACCUGCAGGCCUGCAGUGACAAGUGUAAAGCAACCAGCUCCUGCGCGGCCUUCCUGUGGAAUGACGUUGGUCACUGCUACAUGAAAAGUAAAAGCUGCUCAACUACAAGCACUGGGAAUUCACGGAAUCAUUUCUUUGAUAAGAAUCCCUCCACCUACCAAACGUUUGCCUGUGCAAAUGGCCUUGGCUAUCGUCCUGGCGACUGUCCAGGAAAUGACAUUGGCUUUCAAGCGUUGAACCUGCAGGCCUGCAGUGACAAGUGUAAGGCAACCAGCUCCUGCGCGGCCUUCCUGUGGAAUGAAGUCGGUCACUGCUACAUGAAAAGUAAAAGCUGCUCAACUACAAGCACUGGGAAUUCAAAAAAUCAUUUCUUUGAUAAGCUGGAGAGGUGCAACGGCUAUGAGGGACUUUGCAAACUCAGGUUUGACAAAGUAACAUUUCCUGGAACUCACAACUCAGGGGCGAAUAGGGUCAUGAAGUAUGGUGGUUGGCCAUAUUUUCCCGCUUUGUCCUGUAUGUAUAGGAACCAAGAUUACACUUUCACAGGCCAAUUGGAUUUUGGAAUACGCUUUUUUGACAUUGACACUCGUAACAAGGGAGAUACCGCUUACACGAGUCACAACACAGCUUACGGACGAAAAUUAUGGGAGGUUAUACGAGACAUUGACAACUGGUUGAAUGAUCCAUCGCACAGGAACGAGGUUAUUGCCAUGCGAUUCCACGACACCACAAUGCCCUCCGGCUUCGACAGGUUCAAACCCAUCUUCAGAGACUACUUUACUGGAGCAAACGGGAAGGUCGGCACCAAUGCGAUGACGAGUUGGCCGACUCUCGGAGAAGCAGUGGCACAAAAUAAGCGCGUGUUCAUUUUUAUGGUGGACAAGCUUUGUGACAGCAACUGUCGGAGGUCUUACCCCUACAUUCGCCCGGAUAGUUUAUACGACGACACAUGGUUAGAUCUCAAGGUGACGUCAUCAUGUAGUAGCAUGCCAGAAGAUACAAGAAAAAAGUGUGCAAGCGCGACAAGAGAUUUGGUCAUUGUCUCAGCAUUUGCCUCCUUAGGCCUGUGUGUCAGUGACAUGCAGAAGUUGUGUAACAAGUACAUCAAGCCCAGUGCCAUGGACUGUUACAACGAACGGAAGAAGCGAGGCCAGACGGUGAACUUCCUGGUGGCAGAUUAUGUCAACCAAGCCAAGACCGAUGAAAACGUCGUCACAGUCUCUAAUGAAUUAAAUAAGCUCAAUAUGGGACUCUAAGUUCAGUAAAAUCUCGAUUUUUUUCAUUGUUCAUCAGUGUAAGAAUCUCUUGAAACUUUCAAAUAAAAGUUUUGACUCUA